GGUGAAAUUCAAGCCACUUGCGGCUGCCACUCAGUGUGCUGAGAGCAGCUUUCACGUGAACAACGUUCAAACGGAACAACGUCGACAACAAUAACCAAAACUCAUAUUGAACCCAUCAAUUCGGCUGGGCGAUGUACGCGGGUGCAGUGAGGAGCACGUUAUGAAUUUAAUUGGCCGCAUUGUGUUUCCGUUUGCCACCGAGACUGUCUCCAUGCCCAGAGAUUUGCGUGUAUGUGACUGCUCCACAAUCAAUAAUUGCGACGCGUCUGUGACUAUCACAGUGGCCGUAACUGUGUCACUCACUUAGUGCUGUGUUGUGAAAACUCUCGAAACUGUAAAGCCCACAACUGUUUUCAAGCUAAACGAAUCGAAUUUAUAGCUAGGCGACCAAACGCUGCUGACAUGUUGAUAGAGCCGAGCUUGAACCGUGACUUUGGCUCGCUAACUGCUGCAGGUUCUAGCAUUGCGGCUGCACACUGGAAAAUGGAGCCACAUCCCCAACGACUGUCAUCGCUGGCACCGCACCCAUCCAGUGUGGCGUCGGCUUCACCAACAGCCGCAACGACAACAACAGCCCCAACAACUGUGCAAAUACCACCUGGUUUCGUUGCUGGCAGCGGCGGUGGGCCAACGGCGGCAACAGCAGCCGCCGCUGCCGCCGCAGCAGCAGCAACUGGCAGCACGCUCGGCGCUUUGAUGUCGCAGCAUCGCCUCUUGGAGUUCUCGCGCUUUGGCGGCCUGCGCGGCUACGACAUUGCCCAGCACAUGCUCACACAACAGGGCGCUGUCUCCAAGCUGUUGGGCUCCCUGCGUCCACCUGGCCUAAUUGGUGGCUCCAAGCCAAAAGUGGCUACGCCAACGGUCGUCUCCAAAAUCGAACAAUACAAGCGCGAGAAUCCAACGAUCUUCGCCUGGGAGAUACGCGAGCGCUUAAUCUCUGAAGGUGUUUGCACGAACGCAACGGCCCCCUCGGUGAGCAGCAUCAAUCGCAUCCUGCGCAAUCGCGCCGCUGAGCGUGUGGCCAGCGAGUUUGCGCGCACGGCUGCCUAUGGCCUGUAUCCGCCGCCGCCGCAUCCGUAUGGCAGCUUCACCUGGCAUCCGGGCAAUGUGCCCGGCGGCUCACCGGUGCCGCCGCCACCCUCCGCGCUCUGGUCCGUGGCAGCGCCGACGCUGGCCAAUCUGCCACCCAGUGCGGGCAGCGUUACGUCUGGCAGUCUCAGUUUGAGCUCGGCGAAUCUGAUGGGCAGCGCAGCUGGCGGUGCGGGCGCGCCUCUGAAUCGCGCCAUCUCGCCGGGCUCUGGCAGCCACGAAACAUUGGAGUCGGCGGAUGAGAAUCGACAGAUCGACUCCGAUUACCUGGACGACGAUGAUGAGCCCAAGUUUCGGCGCAAUCGCACCACGUUCAGUCCCGAGCAGUUGGAGGAGCUGGAGAAGGAGUUCGACAAGAGCCACUAUCCGUGCGUGAGCACGCGUGAGCGACUCUCCAGCCGCACCAGCCUCAGCGAAGCGCGGGUGCAGGUUUGGUUCUCGAAUCGUCGUGCGAAAUGGCGUCGCCAUCAGCGCAUGAAUCUGCUCAAGCGUCAGCGCUCCAGUCCCGCCAAUCCCAUACACUCGCAGCAGUCGAACGAUGGGCCAGCCAACAGUUCUCCCACGCCGAGCUGCCACAGCAACGCCUCAGCGCCGACCACCCCGCAUGCCCAUCCAUCGGUGCUGUGUGCGGACUCGCCGCUGGCGACGGCGCAGUCGCCGCCAUCAGUUAUGAUGCAUCCGCUGCAUGCGCUUCCGCCGGGACCACCUGGACACCAUCAUCACUUGCCCGCGCAUCCAGCGGCGCUGCAGCUCUUCAACCACUAUCACCAGCAGCAGCAGCAACAACAACAACAGCAGCAGCAGCAGCAGCAACAACAACAACAUUCGCCCACAUCGGGCGGCGUCUGUGGCAGUCCAACGUCCAGUCUGUCCAUGGGCGGAGAGCGCAGUGCCUUCCGCAGUCUGGUGGGCUCGCCCUCGGCGGCGGCCUUUGCUCUGGGCCUGGCACGUCAGUAUGCCGUUGCCGCCUCCCUGACCGUGGCGGAGGAGCAACGCUCGCGCCUCCAUUAUGCCGGAGAGUGCGCAACGGCGGCUGGGGCAGGUGCGACGGUCACCGUGGACAAUUCGUCGUCAGACUCUGAUGAGGAAAUCAAUGUGCACGACGACUCCGAUGCUGAAAUGGAGUCGCCAGUGGCAAAGGUGGGCCGACUGUCAUCCUCCGAUGCACCCACCACGAUGCAGCUUCUAAAGCAUGACCGGUAGGAGACAAAGACAGAGACAGAGACAGAGGAGAGCGAGAGCGAGAGAGAGAGAGCUUCUAAUUGAAAACUUGAGUUGUGUGCGCGCUUGUGAUUGACAGCGACAGCCAGGCAGCCUCCCCCACCAGCCCACAUCCCUGCCCCGCUCCACCCUCUCCAUCCAUACCCUGCCCACCGCCCGCUCAGCGAACAAGCGGGGGCGGUGACAUUCGUGUUGCGCUCUGUAACAUGAGACUCGGCGACGCUGGCAAAACAAAUCGAAAACCAAAGUUAAAAUGCUGCUCACCCACUUGGUUGCGGAUCGGGCUGCAGCAGCGAGCUGUAUUAAGUUGUGCGGCAAGCUGCAACAUGUAAUUGCAACAUGCUGCAAUUACUCGUGAGUGUGCGUGUGUGUGUGUGUGUGUGUGUGGACAUGCCUAAAAUUAAACUCAAAUUGUAACUAAUA